AUUUUAUUUACUUACACGAUUCAUACAUUUUGCUGAUCUCAUUCAUCUUAAAUUUGAAAAAUACUUGAAAAUUUUGUAAAAAAACAAUACAUAUCCAUAAAUUGUUUAAUUAUUACAGAAAACUUAAUAAAUAAGUGUAAUUUCUUGCAUAGUAGGAAACAAAUCACGUGGACACGAUCGGCAAAUUAAGAAAUAUUUGAAGGUUCUUGUAGAAUAGUAGCAAAAUCAAGGCGGUCGGCGACACGAUCGGCGUAGUUAAGCCCGAUAUUUUGUAAGAUAUGCAUCAACGCCGCGGUCGGACGGAUGAUGACGCUGGUGCAAAUGGGGAUGGUGACGAAAGAGUUCAAUUGUUGCGGGGACGACCAGCAAAUGGAAGUGAAGUGAUUUCGACGCUGGCGAAGAGAGCGUGGUCGUCGCCACGUGUCAAGACGGGGGUCGGUUUGUGGAUUGUUGGCCUCGCUUUUAUGACCUUGAUGCCUGCCCUGGUUGUAAUUACGCCAGAAAUGCGCUCAACCUACGAAUCCAUCGCGGUCCUCACCACCGAAGAAAUCUUCACCUACGACGACGCGCUCGCUGACCUCGCCGCCGCGGAAGACGUCCUCUACUCCUCCCAAGUCUGGUUCUGGCGCUGGCGCCCCGAACACAAAGUCAUCGUCGACCAAAACCAAGCCAUCGUCUCUGCCAAGCAAGAAAUCGUCGCCGGCCUCACCGCGCAGCGCGUCGCCCGCCAAAACAAGGCCAACGCCUACGUCGGGCUCUGGUCGGAAUAUGGCAUGUCCGAAAUGAAGGCGAAAUUCUGGUCGAGUUUCGAAUCCGGCAAAGUUUUCGCACAAAGGCAAUCAUUUUGGCAAAUGUUUCACCUCAUGUUGACCUCGAGGGAGGAGUAUUUUCUCUCAAUUUUCGUAAAAUGGGUGGGUCUCGCGCUGAUAAAUUUCACUUUGGGGCUGAUUGGGGCGCUUUUUUACUAUACGUACGCGCUUUUUGGGAUGUUGUUUUCCUACGAAAGUUUGUCGCUGGGUGGGGUGACGUUUUUCAUUUUGAGCUUUUUGGGCGGGGCGAGCAUCGUGGCGACGUAUUUGAUUGGGUUGUAUGGAAUUACGGCGGGGGGGUUUUAUGUGGCAGGGAGGGUGCUCGUGAGAGGGGCGGCGUUGCAGUAUGAGAGGGAGGAGAGGCAGAGGAGGUUGUUGAGGGAGAGGGGGCAGAUGUGAGGGGGGAUAUUUAUUAUGUGGGGGCAUUUAUUAUCGUAAUUUUAGGGAAAAUUCGAAACCGAAAUUUUUACAACGUUUACUUAUCGAAACGUACAUGUACGCAUACCCUUGUAAAUUUGUGCACAAGUUUAUUUAUCGUUAAGUUUCUUGAAAAUUCUUGUUGGAAAUGUUAAUCAUGGAGAUUUAGUCAUAAAUAUUGCUAGUGUAUAUUGUAAAUUUAUCCACGUGCUGAACACGUGGUUUGAGUUGGAGGUCGAUCCUAUAAAUAAAUAACAUAUAUACAUAUUUAUUAUCAUAAUUUUAGGGAUAAUUCGAAAUCGAAAUUCUUAUGACGUUUACCACAUACAUAAAUAUGUAAAUAUGUAAUUGAAACGCGUACCCUUGUAACAAUAUGCACGCCUUGAUAAGUUUCUGAAGAAAUCUUACUGGAGAUUUUGUCAUACUUUAGAUAUUUAAUUUACAUAUAAAUAUCCGAAUGCCUUACAUAAAAAAUACCGUACGAAAUAUUUCAGGUGUGAGUAUUGUUAUAAUUUUCCGGAUAAUUCUAAACCGAAAUUUUUAUUACGUUUACUUAUUCAAACGUUACUAUAUACAUACCCUUGUAACUUUAUAAACUACUUAAUGUAAUAUGAAGUUUCUUAAAUAGUAUGUAAAUAUUGAUUAAAUACAAGUUGUUCGGUUUCUAAUGACGGAUUUCACGUCAACCCCGUAAAUAAACACGUACAACGUUUUCAAAGAUCUGCGUAUGUAAAUGUGAAUGAACAAAAAUAUGGCUUGCUGUUAUAAAAUUACCUUCCAGAUGGUGAUAAGUUAAUAAGUUUACGUGGUUACGAAGGCUGCCGUGAAUUUCCUCGUUAUCAAAUACGAAUGGGAAAUUUUCCAGUGGUUUUUCUCUCGCUAGUCCAAAUCAAUCGAAAUACAUAUAUCUGAAUGUUUUCUACGUAAAAGAUAUCGAAUUCAGUUAAUAAAAAGUUGUUUAAGUGCCUGAAGAUAGAAUGAAGCGAAAAAAAUUAAGAAUUGUAGUUAAGAUUAUACAUAAUUAUGUAGCAAAUAAACAUUUAACUGGA